CGAGUGGAUGAAUCGCAAAUGAAUCGAUUCAGUGCACUACAUAGGGCAUAGAAGCAGUUAUUGUGCAUCAUAUUUAGUGCACUUAUAUAGGGAGUGUUGUGCUUGUUGAGACUCAGCCGUGGUGUGGGUUGCCCCGGCAAAGCUUCACUGUAAGCCGCCAUCUUGAAUUCACUGUCAACAAGCUGAGCACGAGUGAAGCAGCCUAAUCAUUUAGCUAAGGUUGUCAUUGUUCUUUCUUGUUUCUUUACCUGUUAGAUGUUCACAUAUCACCUAAAAGAGGAUGGAGCUCAUAAAUUUACGCUAAAAAAAUUAGAAUAUGAACAGAAGGUGUACUUCCGGUCACCUCGCGACGUGUUAUGGACAAGAGGUUCAAAUUGAAAGCUACAAAUAAGUCACAUUGCAAAUGAUUAAUUUAAUCACAAGGGCGUGAGAAUGAGGCCUUGCGUGAGUCUGGUCAGAAGUGCAGUCUGGAGCUGCAGACUCAAGGUUAGUCAUGGAGCAUUUCAGAUAAAUCCAACAGUCCCAAAGCGGACGCUGUGCAUGGAAAUCAGGAGCAAAUGGACCAGACCAGCUGGCUAUGAUACUGGCAUAAAGACUUUCAACAGUCUCACCAAACAGAAUGAGCCUCUGGUUUUGGCCCAAGAGGGAAGAGCAACCUGGUACAGUUGUGGGCCCACAGUUUAUGAUCAUGCCCAUCUUGGUCAUGCAUGCUCCUACGUCAGAUUUGACAUCCUGCAGAGAAUUUUAACCAGGAUAUUUGGAAUAAACGUAACUCAUGUCAUGGUCAUCACUGACAUUGAUGAUAAGAUCAUACAGAGAAGCCUUGAGGAGAGGAUCUCACCGCUUGUGCUUGCCAGAAUGUAUGAAGAGGAGUUUAAAAGAGACAUGCUGGCCCUGAAGGUUCUCCCGCCAGCCGUGUAUAUGAGAGUCACAGAGAACGUACCUCAGAUUGUAGCUUUCAUUGAAGGCAUCAUCAGAAAUGGCCAUGCGUACACCACAAGCCAAGGGGAUGUGUACUUUGACACUCAAUCCAUCGGCAGUCGUUAUGGCAAGUUUGCGAAUAUGGGAAAUGCUGCUGGGGAAUCAGGGAGCAAGGAUAAAAGGGACCCCCGAGACUUUGCCCUGUGGAAAGCCUGGAAGCCGCUUGAACCUUUCUGGGAGUCUCCAUGGGGAAGAGGAAGACCUGGCUGGCACAUCGAGUGCUCCACUAUUGCCAGCUCUGUGUUUGGGAGCCAGUUGGACAUCCACUCAGGAGGGAUCGACCUGGCCUUUCCUCACCACGAGAAUGAAAUUGCUCAGUGUGAGGCCUACCACAAGUGUGACCAGUGGGGGAACUACUUCCUGCACUCAGGGCACCUUCAUUUGAAAGGCAGCACAGAAAAGAUGUCCAAGUCCUUGAAGAAUUAUAUUACAAUAAAGGAAUUCUUACAGUCCUUUACCGCCAAUGAGUUUAGGCUGUUUUGCCUGUUAAGCAAGUACAGAUCAGCGAUAGAUUACAGUGAUGCCAGUAUGAACGAAGCUCGCUCUACGCUGUCCUCCAUCUCUAGCUUCAUCCAUAAUGCCCAGGCGUACAUGCAGGGUCACCUACAAUGCCAAGACAUAUAUGAGAGCUUUUUAUGGGAGAGGUUAUCAGUCACACAGGCCACCGUGCGGACUGUACUUUCAGACGACUUUGACACACCAAAGGCAAUGGAUGCCAUCAUGAGGCUCAUUCACCACGGAAACUGUCAGCUUCAGCCUGUUACCAAGGUUGUUGGGAGCUCUAGGUGUCCUGCAGUGUUUGGAGCAAUGCUGUCUUACAUCAGGGAUAUCAUGGAUAUCCUUGGAGUUGAUCUGCUGGAUGAAAAGGCGUCAUCCAGUGCUGAAUCCAGUAUUUUACAUAAUGUAGUGGAGCAGCUGGUGCGGUUCCGUAGCGAGGUUCGAAACUUUGCUCUCUCUGUGGAGGAUGAAGUGACUCAGGACCUUCAAACCAGCAAAGUGCCUCAGAGAAAGAGACCACAGCCAGACAGAUUGCCCUUACUGAAGGCCUGUGAUGCUCUUCGCAAUGAUCUAAUGCCGUUGGGAGUUGAAAUUAAGGACAGAGGUACCAACUCUACAUGGGAAAUCAAACAGCAGCAGAAGGAGAAAGAAGGCUAGACUCCACCUAGAAUGGAGAACUGGAUCAGCUUUUUUGUUAACUGGUCUGAAUGUUACUUUUAUUUUUAAAGCUUUUUUUUUUGUUGUUAAAAAAAACCCCAACAACUUAAAAAGGUGAAUGUGGUUUGCUUCCCUUAAACCAGCCAGUGACUCUUGAAUUAUCAUCUGUGAUGAUGCUGUAAUUUACCAACAGUCAAUGCAACACAAUUAUUUGAAUCACAAUUUUUGUUGUCUUAUCUGCAGUGUAAAAGCUGCAGCCAUCUUGAGAGUAAAUUGCUUUUGUCUGUUUUAUAUCCAUAUAUUUUUCAGACACUGUUCCUCAAAGGUAGAAUAUGAUUUUUGUCAUAAGGUCACUGGGAGGUCUUGUCAGAAAAACUACUUUGUCCUGAUCUGACUGGCAGCUCAUUAUGAAGUUAUUCUCUGCAUCUGUGGUUUAUUGAGUAUAUAUGGCUAAGUGUCAGAAGACUUGCAUAUGAAUUUGCCACUUAUAAAUAUUUAAAGGAGCAGUCAAUUUUAGAGCCCUCUGGUACCUUUGAGGCAAACUGACAUUUUUUUGAUGAACAAUGGCAAUCCUUUCCAUUCCCUUCUCUCCAACCUGA